UUGACAUUUGUUAUGGAGAUCUGCAUUGUUUUGAAUUAAAACUAUUAAUUUGUAGGGUAUUGUUAGUGAAUUCAAUAAAAAUAUGGCUUUAGUCAGACGUUUUGUGCCUUUUCUGGCGAAAGCCGUUAGGAUUCAACAGACUACACAAGCUCAAAAGAUUCAUCGAUGGGUGGCACCGACUUUGAUGGAACUGAAGCGUCGAGAGGACAAGCUUGGCGGGAAGAAAUACUAUCCAAGAAAUACUUUUUUGGACUGGAACUUAGAAGCGGAGCUUUAUGCAUUUGGACAGCGUUUAAAUGAAGAAUUUGAUUCAGAUUUGCUCCUGCAGGCAUUUACAGACCGGUCUUAUGUGAUUAAAGAAGAAAUGAAGCAGAAAGAAAUGGACUUUGAUAUUAAAAUGAAAGAUAACAAAGAGUUAGCUGAUAUAGGUGAAAACUUCAUCAGGGCAUAUAUUCAGAACUAUCUAGAAACAGUGUUACCUAAGUUCCCUCUUGAAGGAUUGAAAUGUAUAAGAAACCACCUCACAAGUGAAUCAGUUCUAGCCAAUAUAUCUCUCCAUUUGGGCACCAAAGAUAUUAUAUUGGCAGCUGAGUAUCCAGUGGAUAACUUUAUAUUAGCGAACACAUUUAAAGCAAUUGUUGGUGCAUUGCUCGACUCAUCUGGUGAGGAGAGGGCAGCACACUUUGUAAGAGAUUUUGUCAUCACACAGUUACAAGGACAAGAUGUCAAUGAAUAUUGGCCAAUAGAAGACCCAUGGACAAUGCUAACAGAUAUCUUGAAGAAAGAUGGCGCCACUAUUGAGCCCAGGCUGAUUGGUGAGGCUGGCAAGAACACACUGCUUGCUUGCUACAGAGUUGGACUCUAUGUAGAUAAGAAAAUACUUUCAACUGGAUUCGGAGAAUCAGUAGCAGUUGCAAAGGAAAUGGCGGCGAGGGAAGCACUCAAAAAGAUAUUCGGAACUGAAGACCACAUGAAACCAAUUAACUUUCAACUAGACGGCAUACCUAAGCCAAACUCGCAGUCACGCUACCAGAUAUCAGCCAGUUAAAUUAGUAGCUUAUUAUUAUGUAGCAUUAGGAUUAAAGUUGUGUAAUAUAUUUCUAGAUGGUUUCAU